AUGUCAUAUUUAUAUAUUGCAAUAACAGUGUUGGCCGUUGUAGGUCUCAUUACAGUCGGAGUCUUGGGAACAUUUGCCAAAGGAUUCGUAAAGCCAGCUGGUGCACCACCCUCUUAA